GAUCAGUCAGGACCGUCAGACACGAUGUGGAUUAUUCUCCUGAUCAGCUGCUUCUCCGUCUACAGACCUGCCGUCUCCGCGAAAACAAAUAGCUGUGGGUCGGUCUUCAGGGACUGUUACAAUCAGACUCUUUCACCGUGGACCAGGUAACCGACAUCCAGGAAUCGAUAACCAAACUCUGUUUAUCUGAUCAUCAGUUUGCUUGUUUUGUUUUUCAAAUAUAUCUUGUUGUCAUGGAGUGGUUGGAUGAGGACCCAGAUGCAGGAGAGUGAGAGGCAGGAGUUCAGCAAAAAGGGUUUAUUUAAAAAAAGGCAAGAACCAUAAACGCUGCAGAGCAGGAUUAACAAAAAACACUGGAGCAAAAACGGAAAACUUGGCAGGACACAUGGAGGAAGGAAACAGUACGGAACCACAAGGAGCAAGGGAAAGACAAGACCAGAUAUACACAAGAGGGUAACGAGACACAGGUGUGAACAAUCAGGGCAGAUGGAAAACAGGUGCUAUGAAGACAGGAUUGUAAACUGCACGCCGAGUCGGUCUCGCUCGACAGGGUUCCUGCUCAUGAGGGUGAACACAUCGGAGGAGGCCAACGUCAGCCCGACGCAGCAACAUGCCGUCCACAUCCCGUCGUCGGCCCUGCAGAGGAGCCGGGGCUCCGGGUCCUCGGAGGAGGUGGUGCUGGUCACCUCGGUCAUCAACAGCACUUACUUCAAGACUCGCCCUCGCCCCCCACGCAAAGGAAGUAGGAUCUUCCUCCCUCCACAGGGGCCCCAGGGUGUCGUGCUGGGUGAGCUGGUCCUGGCGGUGAAGGCAGGAAUCAUCCCGCUCAGAAACAUCUCUCCACCCAUCAAGCUAAUCUUCAAAAAGAAUCCAACGGUUCAGAACGGGACUUGUGUGUUCUGGAAGGAGCCGGAGAACGAGAACGAAGCAGAUGGGUGGAGCACCGACGGCUGCAACACCACCAACACCGGGGACAGCUUCAUAUGCAGCUGCGACCACCUGAGCUUCUUCGCCGUGCUGGUGAACCCGGACAUAUCGGUGGAUGAAACCAACGCCAGGAACCUUAACUACAUCACCUACAUCGGGUCAGCGCUUUCCGUCCUCUUCGCAUUCAUGAGCUUGUUCAUCUACAUCAGUCUGCACCGCCGGCGUCCGGAGAAGGCCACCGGCCUCCACAUGCAGCUGUCGGCGGCGCUGCUCUGCCUCCACCUCACCUUCCUGCUGUGCAACCUCUGGUUGUGGCUGCCGUUUGGGACGGGGGACGGCCUGGUCUGCAGAGGUCUGGGUCUGUUCCUGCACUGGUCUCUGCUGGCCACCCUGGCCUGGUUGGCCCUGGAGGGCUUCCACCUCUACCUGCUGCUGGUCCGGGUCUUCAACAUCUACGUCCGCAGAUACCUGCUCAAGGUCAGCGCCGUGGGAUGGGGGUUUCCGACGCUGGCCGCCUUCGCCUGUGGCGUCUCUGGAGUCUACGGCAAAUACGAGCUGCAGAUUGGAGAGGGCAACAACCGCACGUCGACGGCACAGAUGUGCUGGGUGCAGAGCCCGGCGGGCCACGCCGUCAUCUACGUCACGGUUGGCGUCCUCUGCCUGGUGGUUCUGUACAACUCCUGCAUGCUGGCGCUGGUGGUGUUCCAGCUGUGGGGGUCCAGGGACCGGUCCGGUCGAUCCGGCUGGUCCAAGACCGGCGCUGACGGGACCAAGAUGAGCAGGGAGAAGGCGGCUGAGCUGUGGAGGAACGGCGUCACCGUGCUGGGCCUCAGCUGCGUGCUAGGGUUGCCAUGGGGACUGGCCAGCGCCACCUACAUGUCGCUGCCCGGGAUCUACAUCUUCACCGUCCUCAACUCCCUGCAGGGCUUCUUCGUGUUCCUGUGGUCGGUUGCUCUGUCCCGUAAGUCUCGGUGCGACAGCAGCUCAUCGGCCCGAGAACCGUCCUCCCAGAAGAUGAUGACGACCAGCUUCAACCACUGACCGCCGUCACCAUGACAACCAGCUUCAACCACUGACCACCGUCGCCAUGACGACCAGCUUCAACCACUGACCGUCGCCAUGACAACACAUGUCGCCCACUGCCUAUAUUAGGCACCGAUCAACCCCUGGGCCUCAGCCUAAAAAACCCUCUUUACUAACGUUUAAGCUGUUUUAUAUUUCUAUGUACAUUUUUUUUAAUCAAAAAACAAAACAAAAAAUCAUGACUAAAAAAAUGCUUUUGAGGUAUUUAUUUCUGGAUUUGUACAGUUGUGAUGUCACCGAGGUUCACCAGGCCGGUCUCCCUGACCUCUUCACCUGCCCAGGUGAAGAGGUCGGGCAUGUUGCACAUCAAUAAAGCGUGUCUGU